CCUUGCUUGGUGUUCGCUGUGGUCACUCAUUUGUGGCCUAUAAGACGAGCCGUUGGAAUGCAUGAAAGCUGGGAAGUGUCGUGCACGGGCCCGAGCCAAGGUUCACUCUUAAAGCAGCGAAGCGGAGCAGCAGGGUAACAGGCUAGUAUCACUAUUGGCAUGCUGUGCUAGCUUUCCGUCACGUAUGCUGGCUACGGCCAAUCGGCGCCUGGGUCGCGUGCUGUCCCAGACAGGCCCUCCAGUGGUUUCCAUGGUUGCUGUGGACAGUGGUCUUUUGCGGGCACGUUAGGCCCUUCAGCCGGUCUGGUUGUAAAGGUUACCCCGUUUCUACUGGGCAGUGGGCGGCGCCGGGGUAGGGCGCACAACCCGCAUGCUGCCGAAGCAGAAAGGUGAUGCUGGUACAGUACUGUCUGCAAAUACCCUUCACGCGCACGCUGUGGUUCGGCGGCCGCCCUCGCCUUUUGCGUCGAGGCGACAUUCCGCGGCGACGAACAUCAUGUGGAGCCAACAGCAAGCUGCAGGUGGUUUUCGUCAGCACCGAGGUGACACCAUGGUCGAAGACGGGAGGCUUAGGAGAUGUUGUGGCUGCCCUUCCCGGUGCUCUCGCGGCCAGGGGACACAGGGUCAUGACCGUGAGCCCCUUCUACGCAAACUACCCGACUGCCUUCGACACCGGCUUGGUCGCGCCGGUGGAGAUGGAGGUGCAGGUGGGGGCAGGGGACUGCCAAAUGCAGCCCGCAGUACCUGCUGCUGCAGCCUUGGGUCCUCUUUCAAAGGGCGGUGUGCAGAUCCCACCAGCUACACCUAUCGACAGUGGCGGGAUAGCUGGACACGGGGAUCCUGACAACGGCGCCGGGUUGCCAGCUGGGAGGCAGGCUGGCUUCCCUGCUGGCGAUGCCGGCCAGUAUAAUGCCACAAGCGGUGAUGGCGGCAGCGCGGACAGCAGCGACGGAGCCGGCGGUUCCGGCGUGCAGCAGGAGAGAGGAUGCAGCAGCGGCAGGGGGCCUCCCAGCGGAGCGCAGCCUGGGCUGGGGGUGCAGCAAGCAACAGUCGCUGCAGCAUCCCAACAGCAGCCUUUCACACAAGAGACGGAGCGGAGGGAGGCAGCAGAAAAAGCAGAAGGGACCCGUUGCACCGGGGACCAGCAGCCCCAGCUACCGCCCUGCAGCAGUGGAGUGCAGGAUAGCAGCACCGCCUGCCCCAGGGAUGACCAAGUCUCGCAGCCCCCACCUGACACCGGCACGGCAUCACCCGCAGCCACGCCUGCCACAGCGGUCAGCUACGCCCGCCUGUUCGCAUGCCAGGACGGCGACGUGUUACGAGUGUUCGUGGACCACCCGGUCUUCCGAGUCGCCGCCGCCGCCAGCAGCAGCAGCCAAGAACCAGGGUUCGCUCCGCAUGCGGCUGCUGCCAGCGGUGGCCACCCAAUCCCAGCAGCGCCGAGCGGCAGCAGCAGCUGUGGCAUGCAGCCGCGCGACCCCUCGCUCGGUGUGUACACCUACUGCGAGGGGCUGGCGCACGCGGAGCUGCAGGCGCGCAACAGCGUGCUGUGCCAAGCGGCCCUGGCGGCGCCGGUGCUGUUGUGGUGCGACCUGUCCGAGCUGCCGCAGGAGCUCAGGGCGGACAUUGUAGCAGCGGAUGCGGUGGCGCCGCUGCCGCCCCAGGCGCUGCCUUACGUGCUGCACCGGGGCCUGGCGCGGCCCGCAGCCGUACUGCAGUCGGGCGGGGCGGAUCGCCUGCGGGGGGCGAUGCAGCUGCGCGCGGGGGUCAGGCGCCGGAUGCGGAGCAGCUUCCCAGCAGCAGCUACUGCAACUGCUGUCGCCGCUGCGGGCGGCGAGCUGAUUCAAGUAGCAGCAUACGACGCCGUGGUGGCCCGGGCGGAGGUGUAUGCGGGCGGAGUGCAUGCCUGGCAGCCGAGUGCAGCUGGAAAGUCCAACGAAAGGGGUGAUGGCACUAUUGCUUGCGGGCAGCCGCAAGCACGUUUUGACAAGCACGCAAGGUUGGUAGCAGCGGGAGGACCAACGCAAUGGGUUGUCGAGCCAAAGAGCGACAGUCCAGGCGCGACUGAAGCCGCUGAGAGUUUGAGAACUCGGCAGCAGGUGCACCCCCACCCGCCUCAGCGGCAGGACGAGGUAAUGUUUGUGGGCAAUGACUGGCCCACGGCCCUACUGCCGCUGUGGCUGCAAGUAUACCGUGAGGCACGAGAAUACGAUAUCCCAGCGCAUUCUGAGCCCGCGGCCCCUGGCAGCUGUCAUGGCGCAGGUGGUGGCGGCCAGGGCGGUGUGGGCGUACCCAGUCAUGCCCUAGAUGAGGUUUCGGGGGCAGCGGUGGCCAAAGCCGCGAGCCCGAAGCGGUGUAGGAGGGCGCAGCCCCUGCCGCGGGAAGCAGCCUGGGCUGUGUCGCCACAGGGAGCGCUGGCAUACCCUACAGGAGGGUUGGGGGCUCAGGUUUCUGCCGCCCCUGUGCACGUCGCGGCUCGGGGGACCUCGGCGCCUCCUGCAUCAGCUGCUCCCAGGGUCGCGGCACACACUCCAGCAGCAGGAGCCCCAGGCAAGGAUGGUAGGAGCAUUCCGGUUGGGUUGAUUCAAGCAGCGAAAGCGCCUGCAGAGACGGCUGCACCCAUGGCUGUUGUCGCGGCUGUGGACAUUGGUGCGGCGGCCAACCCGCGAGUUCCCUCGGCUGAGCUCAAGGGGCUCACCGCUGCGAGCUGCUGUGCAGCACACGGGACCCAGCAAAACACUGACACAGGGCCAGCAGCCGCAAUGCAGCCUCAGCAGUCAUCACUGCUGGCGCCCGCGUCCUCAUUGCUGCCCAAUUGCAUGUAUCCGGCAGCAGCGCCUCCCACCCCACUUGUCGCUGUCCAACCACUACCCGCUGGGUCGUGCUGGUUGCCACUGCGCAGCUCACAGCAGCAGCCUGGUGGCAAGCAGUCUGCGGUUGCGUCGAUACCAGUAUCCCCCUCCACCUCUUGUCCGCUGCCAGAGCCCUCUUGUUCUAUAGGCCUGAAGUCAGGUUCUGCCUCCAUUUCAGAGCCUGAGUCAGGGGUCAUGUGGAGGCGACGCCCUCGCGCCAAGGCAGCAAAUGACGAACAUACUUCCUCCGUUGCUGCUUCUGGUGCCAGCCGGCUAGACUGUGAUAAAGUUGUUACCUCCGCCGCCAUUAGCGCGCAACCAGCUUGCUCACCUUCAGGACACCGGAAACCAUUCUCCUCUUCGGUACGCCUAGUGGGGCCUAGAAGUGGCAGCAGCGGCAGAUGUGAGUUGACUGGCGGCACAGCUGGAACUGCUGAACUGGCCUCACAGCUGGCCUCGGAGCACGCGCUGCAGGGCCAGCUGUUGCGGCAUGUAAUAAUGGCCUUGCUGGGGGUACCGGUGGUCGGCACCGACCCCGCUGCGUCCGAUGCAGCAGCGGCAGUCGAGAUUGAGGAGGAAGGAGCAUGCAUGGGCCCGCCUGAACCGAAGGCGGAGCGGCACAACAGCAUCGGCGACGAGUCGGCUGUGACGGAGAUAGCAGAGCGGCCGCCGGCUCUCCCGCUGCCGCAACAGCCCCGCGGUGCAGCACCCGAGUUGCAGGCCCGCAUGCGCCGCACGCUGCGCUCCUUCCGCCGCUUUCUUGGCGUGCGGCUGCGCGGCGCCCGGGUGGUGUUUGCCAUUCACAAUCUCGCGUUCCAGGGGCUCUUUCCGGAGGCCUCGGCGCGGCGGCUGGGGCUGCCGCUACCCGUCCUGCAGCGCAUGGAGCUGAGGAGCGGCCAGGAGCCUGGUGGAGGCGGUGGUGGGAGCAGGGGAGGCGAUGGUGGGGGCAGCAGCGGAAGAGGCGGUCCAGGUCGGCUGGUUUCCUGGCUAAAGGCGGCGCUGCUGUCCAGCGACCUUCUAGUGACAGUCAGUCCCAGCUACGCGCGGGAACUGGUGGGUUCGCAGCGCGCAUGGGGCGAAGGCACGGCUGGACUGCCGCUCCAGCCACCGGUGUCGCAGCCGCCUGCGUGUUCGCCAGCCGCUCCAUCCACAGAUCCGCUGCAGCUGCCUCAGGCCUUUCAAAAAGGCAGCGACGGUAUAUCGGUGCCUCCGGCAGAUAGUCCUUGGGGUCCGGUUCUCUCAGGGCUACCGAGCCCUGGCGGCGAGGAGCUUUGCGGCAUCCUGGCGGCUCGCGGUGUGCAAGCCGUCAUGAACGGCCUGGACGUGACGUGCUGGGACCCGGAGACCGACCCGCUGCUCCCUUCGCACCUGCGCUACAGCCGCAGCAGCGCGCGGGAAGGCAAGGCACGAGCCAAGGCGGCCCUGCAGGCGCGGCUCGGGCUGCAGGUGGACCCGGGGGUGCCGGUAUUUGGCUUCGUGGGCCGGUUGGAGCAGCAGAAAGGGGUGGAUGUGGUGUUAGCGGCGCUGCCGCUGCUGCUGGGGGAGCCGGCGGAGGGUGCAGGGUACAACUGCUCGCUGGGGUGCGACCGGCGGGUGGCAAAGCGGGUGGUGGAGCUGGAGAGGGUGCGGGGGGUGCGAAUGGAGGCGGCGGAGCGGCGGUUGUCCGCGGGUCGCAGGCGGCUGUUGAUGCGGCGCGGAGGGGCUGCGUCGAUAUCAGCACAAUCGGCACUCGGGUGCUCGGGAGUGGCCUCAUAUGCAAUGGCUGCUGAAACAGGUGUCAGUGGGACGGCAGCGGUGUCGCAGACAGUCAUCGGCACGUCGGGCAACAUGGUUAUGGCCAGCGACAACAGCAUUAGUAAUAGCACCGAAGCCACAGGGUGCGGCAGUCGGCACAGCGGCAUGCGGUUGCAGGUGGCGCUGCUGGGCCAGGGCGAGCAGUGGCUGCAGGACAGCCUGGCGGCGCUGCAGGGCGCCUACCCGGGUCGGGCGGCCGGCGUGGUGGGCUUUGACGAGGCGCUCAGUCGACUGCUGCUGGCAGGCUGCGACUUCCUGCUGCUGCCAUCGCGAUGGGAGCCCUGCGGGCUGGUGGCGCUGGCGGGGCUGAGGUACGGUGCAGUGCCGUUGGUGGCGCCGGUGGGGGGGCUGAGGGACGUGGUGGCACCCGCCACUCCCGGUGUCCGUAGGCAAGUUGAACGGGGCGGCAGCGUGGAGAAGGUGGCGGAGGGGGCCGUGAAGGCGGCGAAUGCUGUUGGUGGCUUGUUGGGUAUUGUGCUGGAUCGACCCGUGGGUCAGCAUGACGAUAGUAUGGCGAAGCGAGAGGCGGUGGGGUCCCUUACAAGGGCGAUGACUCUCGCGUGCAGCAUGUACGGCAUGGAGGCGUACGACGGCCUCCGGGACCAGUGCAUGGCGCAAGAUGUGUCGUGGGGUGCACCGGCGGAGCAAUGGGAGGAGCUGCUGCGGCGUGCGGUGGCGGUGGGGCCUGAGGAGGGGGGGCCAGGUGUGGCACAGCAGGAUGAGGCAUGGGCUGGAGUAGACCAGGGCUAUUGUGGAAGAGGGAAGUGCCGGGCUUGGGUUUCACGAGCCGGGGCUGCAGGUGUGUAGUACUGAUUAACGAUAGCCCUGAGAGGUCAGUUUCUUUUGUGACCACUGUUGGGUUAGAGCGGUGCUAUAUGCAGGAAAGGGGCACAGCUAAGGAAUGGGGCUGGGUGUCCUCGUUAGGCCGAGAGAGAAGAAUGGUUUUGGAAGCUGGGUAGGCGUCGGUGUAGCAAGUACCGCUCCAUGCAUGCAUUGCCAAUUAACAGUGAAUGCAGUAGAGUGUCAGCGGAGUACUAAAGGUUAAAGCGAUAUGUGAGCAAUGUAUGAACUUGCAGAGACGUCGGCAUGCGGGGGAGUUGAACUUCUUAAUGUUGUCCAGGGCGAG